AUGAGUGAACGACAUCUUACGUGGUCUACUUAUCCUCAGCAACAACGGCAACAGAGUCAGAAACCAAGUUCUAAUAUAGGUCAUCAAGGUCAUUUCAUUGUGCCUUCUUCACAACGACCACAUUCAACUUCGGAUGGUGAUAUGACGGAAUACGAAGAUUUUACUAAUGAUGCAUCUACUAAAAUUGUUCAACGUCGUCAUAAACGAAAACAGGUUCAAAUACAUACACACAAUCAUAAUACGAGACAAAAUGCCAAUCGACAGUCAAAUCCACGGACAACAGUAGUUCAGUUCGACUCUACUCAGUUAAACCAGUCUAUUCAGUCUACUCAAUUUAUUCAGUCUAACCAGCAACAGACAGGAACGAUGACUGCUUUAACAUUUAACAACGAUCAAUUAACUGAAGAAGCUGAAAGGUUUGCACGCACACGUUAUCCAUUUCCACCGUUUAUUGUUCUUUUUCCAUUAUCUAAUAUAAAAGAACAGAAGGUAUCAGAUGAAUUAUGUAAACAUCUGAAAGAGAAUAAACAUGUUCAAUUGGAAUUAAUUGGAUAUCGUCGUUCGACUCUUAAAUGUGCAGCAAAUGAAUGUGAUAUAUUAUUGUUUGUUAAAGACAGUCUCUCUUUCUCAUUUUUGUACAAGGAAACGAACUGGCCGACCACACUUCUUGGAUCGACCUUCAUUAGGCUAAAGCCACCAAGUAUUCUACCACAGUUAUCCUUAAUUAUUAAAGGUGUCGGCUUGUCUAUUAAUAUUGAACAUUUAACCAUAAAAUUGAAAUCAAUGUUUAGUAGUUUAGAAAACGUUGUAAGAAUGAAAAAAAGAUUUCAACAAGAAAUUAUCUUAGUAAAAUUAGAAUUUAAUAGCCCAGGGGAAAGAGAAAAUCUUUUAAGCUAUGGCAAAUUGAGUGCUUGUUCUACUUCAUUUGCCGUGGAAGCAUAUCUAGCUCAAGCUAGAGUUUUAAUUUGCGGAAAAUGUUGUUCGAUCGGUCAUUUUCGUCGUCAGUGUCGACAGAAUGGUGAGACUUGUCGUAAAUGUGGACAGACUGUCUCUGAUAUAAAACAGCAUUUCCCUUUAUGCUCAAAACAACUAUAUUGUAUACAUUGUAAGCAAAAUCAUGCUAGCGAUGAUAUGAAAUAUAGUGAAGUUGAAAAGUUCAGAGCUGAUCGUACAUGUCGCCUAUUAAAUAGUAAUAAUAAUCUUGCACCUGUUUUUUCGUCUCCUGCUUACUCGCAUGAUCAGUCAAAUUUUCCACAACUACCUCCAGCUCAGAAAACAACAGUUACAAAUUCAUCCCCUGCGCAGAGUGCAGAAAUAAUAAAUAAAUUAUAUAAGAUAAAUACGAUAAUUUUGAAAUUGAAUGAUAAAAUAGAGAAAUUAUCGCCUGAAUUUGAAGGAAUGAGAAAGUCGAAUGAAGAGUUGAAACGGAACGUUUUGAUAUUGUCUAUGGAAAAUCAAACGUUUAAACCCAGAAUUAAUGAAAGUGAAGAACUGUCUAAGGAUAUUUUACUCCCAUUCUGUCGGGAUCCGAUUAAAUUUGUUAGAGAGAAGAAUACAAAUAAUGGAAGACAUUUGAAUGAAACACUACAUUCACAUCUGGAAAUUUACGGAGCACGGUUAAAUAAUAUUGUGGAAGGUAAACAAUUUCUUAAAUGA